CACACCACCACCCUUUCACUCUCCGCUCUGCGAGCAAACACACGUGUGAAGAUGGAGGAGGACAAGCUGCAGUUUCAUGAGAUGGGUUUAGAUGAUCGUUUGUUAAAGGCCCUGGCAGAUUUGGGCUGGGCUCAGCCCACUCUUAUCCAGGAGAAAGCCAUUCCACUGUCACUGGAGGGUAAAGAUCUGCUGGCCCGAGCUCGGACCGGUUCAGGAAAAACAGCCGCAUAUGCAGUACCACUAAUCCAGCGAAUCCUCACCUCCAAACAGACGGUUCGUGAACAGGCAGUUAGAGCUCUAGUCCUGGUCCCAACCAAAGAACUUGGCCAGCAGGUCCAGACCAUGAUCCGACAGCUGACGGCGUACUGCAGCAGAGAUGUACGAGUUGCGGAUAUUUCCGGCAAAGCGGAUCUAUCAGCGCAGAAGCCCAUUUUAAUGGAGAAACCAGACAUUGUGGUUGGUACGCCAUCUAGGGUUCAGGCUCAUGUUAAUGCUCAGAACCUGGUGCUGAACUCUUCAUUAGAGAUGUUAGUCAUUGAUGAAGCUGAUCUGCUCUUCUCUUUUGGAUUUGAAGACGACAUUAAAAGCCUCCUGUGUCAUCUACCCAAGAUAUACCAGGCCUUCCUCAUGUCCGCCACACUGAAUGAAGAUGUUCAAGCUUUGAAAGAGCUCGUCCUUCAUAAUCCUGUUACGCUGAAGCUUCAGGGUUCACAGCUGCCGGACGGGUCACAGCUUCAGCAGUACAGUGUAAAAUGUGAGGAAGAGGACAAGUUUCUGCUCAUCUACACCCUCCUGAAACUCGGCCUGGUGCGAGGAAAGACGCUCAUAUUUGUCAGCGCUGUGGAGCGAUGUUAUCGACUCAAACUGUUUCUGGAGCAAUUUAGCAUUCCUGCUUGUGUCCUGAACUCCGAACUGCCAGUUCAUUCCAGGUGUCACAUCAUCUCUCAGUUUAAUCAGGGUUUCUAUGAUUACAUCAUCGCCACAGAUGAACACGGACUUGAGGAUCCAGCUACAAGUUCCCAGAAAUCCCAGGGGAAAGGGAAUAAAAAGAAAUCGGGAAAAGGCGGAAAAGGCAAAGAUAAGGAAUACGGUGUUUCCAGAGGCAUAGACUUCCACAAUGUUUCUAAUGUCAUCAACUUUGAUUUCCCAUCAUCAGUCGACUCCUAUAUCCACCGUGUUGGCAGAACGGCUCGUGCGGACAAACCUGGCACUGCUCUGUCUUUCAUAUCUCACACAGAAAUUUCUCAGCUUACAGAAGUGGAGAACGCUCUCAUUGGAGACAAUACAGAUUGUGUGCUGAAACCAUACGGAUUUAAAAUGGAGGAAAUCGAGGCGUUCAGAUACAGAUGUCGGGAUGCCAUGAGGUCUGUGACGAAACAAGCAGUGAAAGAAGCUCGACUGAAGGAGAUCAAACAGGAGCUGCUGAAUUCAGAAAAGCUGAAGACGUACUUCGAAGACAAUCCCAGAGAUCUUCAGCUAUUACGACACGACAAAGAUCUUCACCCCGCUGUUAUCAAACCUCACCUGAAAAAUGUACCAGAUUACCUGAUUCCAACUGCAUUGAAAAGUCUCAUCAAUCCUCUAAACAGACGAAAACGAAAGCAAAAGCCAAAAGGAGCUGCUGUGAUGAGAAGCAGCUUUAAAAAGAACUUCAGAAGCAAAAAUCCACUCAAGAGUUUCCGCUACGUGAAGAAGAAACAUACAGAGAAGAAAGCCAAGAAAUCCUAAUGGCAGAAGAUUUCCAUGAGCUGACAUCAGGCCACAGAUUCAAAGAGACAUUGAGAUAAUAAUGUGUACUGAAAAACUCAACAGAAAUGAGACCGGUUUGACAAGUAUUCAGAGAUGGUGAAGAUUGUCUGAAUCAGACAUAAACUCAAUAUUUCUCUCUCGCUGUAUGUGUGAAAUACUCUUUAUGGAUAUUGUAAUAUUGUAUUUUCACCAUUACUAAAACAACUUAAAAAAUG